CUUGAUUCUAUACUGCCACUCUUGGCAUGAGCUGCACAGCACACACGAGUGAAAAGGAUCUUUCUCAUUCACUCAUUCUUUCACACACAUGUGCACUGAACUGAGCAUGGAGAACAUCAGCACGCAGCCUCAGAAGCACAUGGAGAGAUGCAUGAGUUCCAUGCAGACUGGCACUCAAAUGGUGAAACUGCGUGGAGGAUCUAAAGGGCUGGUGCGCUUCUUCUACUUGGACGAACACAAGUCCUGCAUCCGCUGGAGGCCCUCCAGAAAAAAUGAGAAAGCCAAAAUCUCGAUCGACUCCAUUCGGGAAGUGUGUGAGGGGAAGCAGUCAGAGAUUUUCCAGCGGUAUGCUGAUGGAAGCUUUGACCCCAACUGCUGCUUCAGCAUCUACUAUGGCGAGCACAUGGAAUCUCUUGAUCUGGUGUCAGGUACAGGAGAAGAAUCUCGCACCUGGAUAACGGGCCUUAAGUACCUUAUGGCGGGAAUCAGCGAUGAAGACAGUCUGGCCAAACGACAGCGCACCCGUGACCAUUGGCUUAAGCAGACCUUCACAGAGGCUGAUAAGAAUGGAGAUGGCUGUCUCAGCAUCAGUGAAGUCCUACAGCUCCUGCAUAAGCUCAACGUCAACCUGCCCAGACAGAAGGUCAAGCAAAUGUUUAAGGAGGCAGAUACGGAUGAUAAGCAGGGCACUCUGGAUUUUGAAGAGUUCUGCUCUUUCUAUAAGAUGAUGUCAACGCGGCGAGACCUGUACCUGCUGAUGCUCACCUACAGCAAUCAUAAAGAUCACCUUGACACAGACGACCUCAUCCGCUUCCUUGAGACUGAACAAAAGAUGACCAACGUCACAAAAGAGCACUGCCUCGAAAUUGUUUCCAAGUUUGAGCCUUGUUCUGAAAACCAGACACAGUGCGUUCUGGGCAUUGAUGGUUUUACGUGUUAUAUGCGCAGUCCUGUGGGUGAUAUCUUUAACCCUGAGCACUAUGAGGUGAAUCAAGACAUGACUCAACCUCUUAGCAGCUACUACAUCGCUUCCUCACACAAUACAUACUUGAUGGGUGACCAGCUCAUGUCUCAGUCACGGGUAGAUAUGUAUGCCUGGGUUCUGCAGGCCGGCUGUAGAUGUGUGGAAGUGGACUGCUGGGAUGGACAGGAUGGAGAACCAAUUGUACAUCAUGGCUACACUCUGACCUCCAAAAUCCUCUUUAAAGAUGUUAUCGAGACCAUCAACAAAUAUGCAUUCAUCAAAAACCAGUAUCCAGUGAUUAUGUCCAUUGAGAAUCACUGCAGUGUCCCGCAACAGAAGAAGAUGGCUCAGUAUCUAACUGAAGUGUUGGGUGAUAAACUGGACGUGUCCUCCAUUCCUACAGACCCCUCUGGACUUCUGCCUUCCCCUGAAGCCCUGAAAGGCAAAAUACUCAUUAAGGGUAAAAAACUGCCUCCAAACAUAGAUGAGAAUGCGGAGGAGGGGGACGUUUCCGAUGAAGACAGUGCAGAUGAGAUGGAAGACGACUGUAAACUCAUGAACGGAGAUACAUCUAUGAACAGGAAGCAGGCAGAAAAUGUUGCAAAGAAAAAGUUGGAUAACCUCAUGAAGGAGUCAAAGAUUCGUGACCGGGAGGAUCCAGACAGUUUCACCAUUACUGCGUUGCCACCCCCAGGAAAACCUCGUGACAAGUCAGCCUUAAAGGGAAAGCUUGAAGACAGUAUUGACACUGGAGAUGAGGCCAACGUAGGAGGCAACAAGCAUCUGGCCCGUUCUUUCAUGGGGAACUUCUCCAAAUGCAAGAAAAAGACGAGCAAGAUGAGAAAAUCCUCCAGUUUUGAGGACACAGACACCGAUCAGGAGAGCUCGGGUGGGGCGUCUAAAGGCCCCCCGCAUCACAGCAGAAAGAAAAAGACCAUGAAGUUGUCGCGAGCGCUCUCAGAUCUGGUCUACACUAAAUCUGUGGGCAUACUGGACUUCGAUGCACAAGUGGGCAGCUGUAGUUGGCAGGUCUCAUCGAUGAGCGAGACCAAAGCCCAUCAGCUCAUGCAGCAGAAGCCCGUGCAGUUCAUGCGAUUCAACCAGCGGCAGCUCUCCCGUGUCUACCCCUCCCCAUAUCGCGUGGACUCGAGCAACUUCAACCCUCAACCCUUCUGGAAUGCUGGCUGCCAUCUGGUGGCUUUGAACUACCAGUCAGAGGGCAGAGUACUGCAGCUUAACCGAGCACAGUUUUACGGCAAUGGCAACUGUGGCUACAUCCGGAAACCCGCCUGCAUGUGUGAAGGUUCCUUCAAUCCAGUAGCUGAGGAUCCUUUACCAGGCCGCUUGAAGAAACAGCUGAUUCUUAAGAUUAUCAGUGGCCAGCAGUUACCCAAACCCAAAGACUCAAUGCUGGGUGACCGAGGAGAGAUCAUUGACCCGUUUGUGGAAGUGGAGAUCAUCGGUUUACCAAUCGACUGCUGCAAGGACCAAACCAGAGUGGUUGAUGACAAUGGGUUCAAUCCAAUGUGGGAAGAGACUCUUGUCUUUACUCUUCACAUGCCAGAGAUUGCUCUUAUCCGCUUCCUGGUUUGGGAUCAUGACCCAAUUGGACAGGAUUUUAUUGGCCAGAGGACCAUCGCCUUUAACAGCAUGAUCCCUGGUUAUCGUCAUGUGUAUUUGGAAGGCAUGGAGGAAGCUUCCAUCUUUGUUCAUGUUGCAGUGAAUGACAUCACUAGUAAGGUGCGAGCAGUCAGUGGUAUAAAAGGACUGUUUCACAGAAACCCAAAGCAGGCAUCUCUCGACAGCCAUGCUGCUGCUAUGCUCAGCCGUAAACCAACCUUCGGUGCUCACCUCCUGCGCCGCACAGCCAGUGCGCCCACCAAGGGCCUACCCAAAGUCAUGGGGGGCUUUCCUGAGAUCUCUACUGACACAAAAGACUGCAGCUUGGAGGGUGCCACUGAGAAGCGUGAAUCAGAAGAGGGACCACUUCUCCACCACAAUGGAGACACAGCGUCAGAAAAAUCUUGGGGUCUCAGUACCAAUGGGCAGGUUCACCCUGACGACAGUAAAGAACAUUCUGAAGUGCAAAGUCCAAUUCCCUCUCUGAACAACUCAUGUCUGGAAUGCAUUCCUGAGGAAAUUGAGAAGAACAACCCUGUGACCUCCACAUACAGUCCUGUGGAUCCUUCAUUACAUUGUCCCAGUCAAUCCACUAUGUUGUCUUCACCAUCCAUAGCAAUAAGAAUUUCUUCCAGUAAGGAACCUCUUAAAAACAAUGAUGCCAUUUUGAAACCAUCUCCGCUGACCCAGUGUGUCAGUCCAUAUAGUAGAUGUGGCAAAGAUUUGGGGAACAGCCACAUCAACUCUUCACUCUCAAUGAAUUACCUUGAAAUUGGAUGUGAAACACCCCCUACACCAGACUGGGCAGAUACUGAGGUUGUGAGAAACACAACCAUUGAACCUGAAAUAAAUUCAAGAAAGACUUUAGAGAUAGACACAAUAAAAGAAAGCACCGCCAUUCAUAGCUCUCAGAAGGUUGAGGUGUUAAAGGCUGUGUUUGACAGAGAUAUCGGACAAAAUUCCUUGCAAACUGGACUGAGAACUCCAGUCAGGAGGACCAAAAGUGAAGGACAAGUGAAGGCAGUAAAUACAGUGGACAAACCUUCUGCGGUCCCUAAGGUCUCUAUCGACACUAUUGACAAACUUGACUCCAGCAGCCAUCGGGAUAGUGUGUCAUCGUCUUCCAGCAUUUCCUCCAAUGACACUGUGAUUGACUUGUCCUUGCCCAACCUUACCAGGAAGAGCAUCAACAGCCUUGGUGCAACCCGGGACUAUUCGGACAACCAGGUGUCGAUGGUCAACAGGAGUGGCCAGCCUCGGUCGACCAUUGCACCACACAAUGUCCCAAGUGUCAACAAGAGUAAGUCCAACCCCAACCUCUGGGAGGGUGAGAUGUGCGAGCCAGAGGACGAGUUACAGCCCAGGCCUCUGGUGACCGAGAAAGACGCCAGCCGGCUCAUGCAGAGACGCCACACGUGGAGCAGGUUGUACAUGGAGGGCUUAAAGCAGUCACUGACCCUCGCUUCUUCUGGCUCAAACAGGUCAACCACCCCCUUAGCAAAAGUCUUUGACAGCAGCUCCAAAUCCAAGAGUCUUGGAGAUCUCACUUCAGAUGACAUUGCCUGUAACUUUGAGAGCAAGUACCGCAGCAUUAGUCGCAGUUUCAUUGUGAGGUCCAGUCGCCAACAAGGGAAACUUCAAAAGAUACCACAAAAUGACCUAACGGAGCAGCUCAAGAUGCUCACUGAUGUGGAGCCCCUCACCAGCAAAGACUUUUCUCAAUGCAGGACCGAGGUUGAGGUGGGACAGGACGAGGAGGAGACACCCCCUGUGCGGAGAAGCUCCUCACGGAGCCAAAGCCGGGUGAGAUACAUUGCUAACCGUGCCAGGCAAGCCCAGGAGAGGCAGCGACUACAAAGCCUUAGAACUACUGUUAGCCCCAUUGAAGAGCGUGGCAAUCCAGAAGGAGCUUGUAGUGUACCCCACAGUCCAUGUUCAAGCUUGGACGUCCUAAGCCAGCUUCCUCCAGGACCACCCCAACAAAGCCAUUCAUUGUAGCCAUUCAUUGUAAAAUCAAGGAACAUUUUGAAAUUUCUUAUGUGCUCUUACUGUAAUACACCUUCCAUUUUGGCUUGAUAAAAUAAGUUGCACACAUACUUUUUUUAUAUCCAUUGCUGACCUACUCCUAACCCUGAACAAUGAGCAGUCAAAAGGGAUGAAACUUUAAACUUUUAGAUGCAACGGUUUGCUAGUUUGUACAAAUUAUUUGUAAAUGUGCAUGUACUUUUCGAAAAUAGCCAAAGUUGCAAGACCAGAGGAAUAUUUUUUUUUUUAAAUAGUGUUAAAAUAUGUUUGCACCUAAUCUAAAAUACUAUACAAAACUGAAAUGUUCUAAAAUUUGAUUAUGCCAGUGGCAAUUGUGGUACUGUAAUAUGGAUUGUUAUUUUGUUUUUAUUUGUUUGUUUUUUCAUUUAAAACUGUGUCCUAACCAGGUGUAUCACUUUUUGUAAUUGUGAGUUUUGUGCUAACCAACCUGUAAUCGCGACGAGUGACAGGACAUUUUUUUAGCCAUUUGUUGUUUAUUUCUGAGACAUCACACUAGGUAGUCUCUCCCUUUGUGUAAUUUAAUUGGUCCAAAAACUGCUCUACGUAACUGUAUAUUAAACUUCAAAUGUGUUCUGAUUGACUCUUUUCUGAUUGUGUCACGUCGCAAAGCAUUUUCGCUUUCAAUGUGGAUAGACAAAUUACUUGUCACUAGAAACUUCGUUGUAUUGUCAUACUUAGUUAGGACAUUGUGGAAGGUGAAAUUAUCAACUGCAGCAAUAGAUAAUAUAAUGCACAUUGAGCUGCAAGCACUACUGAUUCAAUUCAAAAUAAUUCCCUGGAUUUAGAUAUUUAUAAGUUUGCCGUGAAAUACUAAUGCAUUUUGUCUGUAUUGUAAGAGGUAUGAGGACAGAUUUGUAAUCAAGCAUGGAAUGUACUUGUCAGAAUAACUUAUUGUCCAUUGAAAUGACUUUUUUAAAAUCGUUUUAGAUGUAGUAAAAUUAAUGACUGCUAUUUUUUCUAUUGUUUUAGUCUGAAAGUUACAGUUAAAUUACAACUGUCAGUUUGAACUUAACAGUUAGCUUCUGAUGUUUCAAAGUGUAGCGCAGUAAAAUGUUCACUUUAUACAGUAGCCAACCUUUUUAAUUUUACUGUGUUCCUUGAUAUUAUUAUUUCACCAAUGGUCUACUGCAGUGGUUCCCAACCCUGUUCCUGGAGGCCCCCAACACUGCACAUUUUGUAUAUCUCUCUUAUCUGACACACCCAAUUCAGGAGUCUCUACUAAUGAGCUAAUGAGUUGAAUCAGAUGUGUUUGAUUAGGGAGAUAUCCAAAAUGUGUAGUGUUGGGGGACCUCCAGGAACAGGGUAGGCAACCACUGAUCUAGUGUAUUCUUAUGUUUGAAAGUUUUAUGAUUUAUAAAUGUACAGUCGGAGUCUAGAUGUAAAGAGUUAUGUAGAUGUUAUUCAAUUUUGUUUUAGGAAGUACACUAAUAUGUUUAUUACUUUUUUUUUUAAAGAACCCUACUCAGUUAGAGGAAAAUAAAUUUUUA